UCCACACAGAUCCACAUCAACCCACUUCCAAUCACAUAAUGAGGAAGCCCGACGCUGCUGCUCCCGGCGGAGGAUGCGGCGGAGGUGGACCACCUGCUGCCACCAAGCUCAGAAAAGGGCUAUGGUCGCCGGAGGAAGACGACAAGUUACGAACCUACAUGCUCAAUAACGGCCAAGGCUGCUGGAGCGAUGUGGCUCGUAAUGCUGGCCUUCAGCGCUGUGGCAAGAGCUGCCGCCUCCGUUGGAUCAAUUACUUAAGGCCUGAUCUCAAGCGCGGCGCCUUCUCCCCCCAAGAAGAAGACCUCGUCAUCCACUUGCAUUCUCUUCUUGGCAACAGAUGGUCUCAGAUUGCGGCGCGAUUACCGGGAAGAACGGAUAACGAAAUUAAGAAUUUUUGGAACUCGACUAUUAAAAAGAGGCUUAAGAAUUUGUCCUCCACGCCGUCGCCGAAUACCAGCUCCGACUCUCACUCCGGCGACUCAAAAUCCAAUCUUUUUGCCACCUUCGUAUUAGGUCAAGAUCAACAACAACAACAAAACUCAAUUGACUUUCCGAUCUUCGCUGCCGAUCCAUCACCUUCCGUUAUCGCCCUCGACUCUUUCCCUCUUCUCUCCACCACCCACGGCGUACCAUUCUUCCCCACCGGUGGCGUCGAGAUGGGAUUCUAUCGAGAAGACGAUAGCUUCUUUAAUCUCCCUCUUUUGCAAAGCGUUAACACAACCACGACCACCGCCACCGCCACCGCAGCCACCGGUGGAGAAACUAAACAUAGUAAUUACUUAAUUAACAAUAAUCCAAAGAUGGAAAGUAUGAAUGGUGGGGUUGGAGCAAAUUUUAUUCACGAGGAGUUUUCAAUGGGCGAAUGGGAGUUGGAGGAUUUGAUGAAAGACGUUCCUUCUUCUUUCCCAUGUUUGAAUUUUCAAGUUCAAUAACAAUUUUAAAUCAUAAUUUCUAGACUGUUUUGUUCUUCAUUGGUGACCCUUCAAAGGCACUCCAUUCAAGAAACAAUAAUGUAAUGUACAGAAACAUAUACAUACAUUAAUAUAGUUUGUGAUACUCAUAUGAUAUGAUAUGAUAUCAAGCCAUAAAUUAAUGAGUAUUAGGUUAAGAAAAUUGAAGAACAAUGGGUAUCUAUUCUAUUAAUGGUGUUUAAUGAUCACUAAGUUGAGAGAUGAAUCUCUCGCCCACUAAGGGAAUUUGAAAUGGA